UAAUAACGAAUUUUGUUGUUGCAAUGAAUGCAGAAUAUUUGGCAGAACAAAUGGUCAGAGAAGUACAGGAGAAGUUUAUCCUGCAUUGGAAUUACCGUGGAUUUACAAAACUGCCAGAAGUUGUAAAGAAUUAUGGAGCACACAUCCAAGAGAUCUAUUUAAAAUGGAAUCGACUCCGCGGCCUGCCGUUGUGGAUUGGUGAACUGUCCAACAUCACAAACUUGUAUCUCCAUGGCAACCAGAUAGAAGCGUUGCCAGAUGAAAUCGGAGAAAUGAUUCAACUUAACACCUUGGACUUGGGACAUAACAAACUAAAAUCCUUACCUCGUCAAAUAGGAAGGCUGGAAAACUUGCAAACUUUAAUACUGAAUGAAAACUUAUUGAAAAUUCUACCACACGAAAUAAGCCAACUGAAAAAUCUUGAGACAUUGUCUGUGUGUGGGAACCAGUUGAUUGCAUUACCAGAAUGGCUGGGUUCUCUUCCUUGUUUGGAAGAAUUAAUAGCGGAUUGCAAUGGCCUUACCGAGUUACCAAAUAGACUGACUUUUGCUGCACGCCUUUCAACAAUAUCUGUUUGUUCCAACAGGUUGCAGUACUUACCGCUGAAUGGAUUUCUGUCUGCCCCAUACAUUCAGUUCGAUUGUAACCCAAUUAUAAAUUACCUUUCUGUGCCAGUGAGUUAUCAGUUGAGUCGUCGUGUUCAGUACUUUCGAGAUGCCAGAGAUGUUCCGGCUUAUAGAUGUUCUACUGGGACUGUAUAUAACAAGGACAGUUGCGGGAAAGAAUUGAAACUAAGCAUAAGGCUUAAGGUAGAGAUGCCUAAUGAUGCUGUCCAGAAGAUUAGCAUCAUAAAACUACCCCGACAACUGCUAAUUGUUCAUGAUAUAACGGACAACAAUGUUCCAUCGCUGUGGGAACUAGCACUACGACAAAUUUACUGCACCAGGUUUAAACACACCUUGGAAGUUAAUCAUUCGACACUAGACGUAAAAGUGAAUCGAAUCAAACAGAAUCUCCGAAGCAACAGCAAAAGCUCCGAGGUUAUAGGAUACAUGAAAAAUUUAUUGAAAAAUGGGCCAGCAAGUAUCUGCCUAAGCAACAAUUGUCAACAACCAAUUUUUACUGAAGCUUGGAUCAUCGUCAAUUCCAAUACAUGGACCAAUUUUCUACAAUUGUCAGUUUUCUGCAGUAAAAAAUGCCUCAGAGAAUUUACUGAAUUGACUGAUGUGCUUGCCACGAAUCGGCCAUGGUAUAUUGUAUGAAAUAAAUAUAAAUUUUUUU